GCUGCAUUUUUCUAAUUGAGAUCUACAGAGAAUAGCAUUAUUCUAAACCAGUGCUCGGAUGUCUAUCCAAGAGUAUCUAGAAAAAACAAAGUUGCAUCACAGGUCAUGUUCUGAAGUAGUUGCUAUUGGUAUUAGAAUUGAAUUUAUAUGUGAAGCUUUAUGCUUAAGAAACCAUUCGAAUGUAUUGGGAUGAACUUCAGAUUCCAGUUGGGAGUAUCAGUUUGAAUACAGCAGUUCUAAAUACUACAUUUGAGAGGAGCAUAAUUGAACACUGUGGAAUGUAACGCAGCUUUUUUUUGUUCCUAGAUGAAGGCUAGAAUUGCAGCAGAUAUUGAUGGAAAGACUUCUCGCCUUCUUUGGAUUGGUUUGGCCUUAAUGUCUACUCAGGGGGGAGCCCUGGCUUGGCUCACCUGGUGGGUCUACUCAUGGGACAUUAUGGAACCUGUUACUUACUUUAUCACUUACGGAAGUGCCAUGGCAUUCUAUGCGUACUUUGUACUUACUAAGCAGGAUUAUAUUUACCCAGAUGCUCGAGACAGGCAAUUCCUUCACUAUUUUCACCGGAAAGCUAAAAGCCAGAACUUCAAUAUGAUUCUGUAUAACAAGUUAAAAGAGGACCUGGAAGAGGUGGAAGAAUCCUUGAAACGACUGAGGAACCCCUUACAAUUACAGCUUCCAGUGCAAGAAAUUAAUGACAAACAUUAAUUUUAAGUUUCAGCCUAUUGAGUUCCCUCAAAAAAAAUCACAAACUGGACAUUUUGAACCACUAUAUUAAAGCUGAAUGUACAAAACUUUACAAAUAAAACCCCAAAUCAUACUUUUUGUAUAUAUCAUUUCUCCACAAUAUUCGAGUUUAGAAAGAAUAAUCAUCUUAAUCUUGGAUGGCCAAUCCAUUCUUAAUAAAACAAGACAAUGUUUUUAAAGGAUGGUUUUAUUCUGGGAUUCCGAUAUUUGAAUGUAAUUUUCAUAACGAGCUAAAUAAAAACAGAUAGUAGUUUUGGAUGUCUUCUGGGUGUUCUGUUUAUGAUCUUAAGAAAACAUUCCUUUCACACUUGCACAAAAUAUCUCAAUGCUGUAAUAAGUUACAUAUGUAGCAUACAUAGCACCUGAAUGAUUUAUGAAAACAGGUUUCACAGGCACACAUUAACCUUUCUCAAAUAAUAACAAUAAAUCUGGUUUGCAUGGAAAAUAAUGUAAAUGUUUCAGUUAAGUUGCAGUAAUCCACAAGUUAGCAGGAGCUGCUAAAACUGAAGGAAUCACAAUUUCAUAUUGGUCGCAUAAUUCAUUUUUCCAAAAUAUUAAAGUGGGUGAGGAACAUUUAUGCAGUACCAACAGAUUAAAAAAAUGAUUCUCACAAGACAAUUACUAUCUAUGUUGAAAUAACAGUAUAAAAAUUUAGCCAUUAGUACAAAAUAUCCAUUAU